CCAGCACCGUAAUGAGCCAAUAGCCUUACUUCUCGGCUUAUACAUAACCUAAGUCCAUUAUAUUUUUAUAAAUUUAGGCUAGUAUCAACUUGUGCCCAUGCUCAUUGAAUUUGAUUACCUAGACGUCACGAAAUAAUCAAUUAAUUAUAAAAAAUGCGUCCCGUCAUGCUCCAGGGGCACGAGCGUGCCAUCACCGAAGUUAAAUACAACCGGGAAGGAGAUCUAAUCUUCUCAGCUUCGAAAGAUAAAAAGCCAAAUGUCUGGUGGUCAGCUAAUGGCGAGCGUCUGGGUACUUUUAAUGGUCACAAUGGCUCUAUAUGGUGCAUGGAUGUCGACUGGAACACUAAAUUUUUUAUGUCUGGAUCUGGAGACAAUACAUUGAGAUUGUGGGACUGUCAAACAGGCAAAGAAAUUUCUCAAAUCCAAACCAACAGCUCCGUAAGAACGUGUGCGUUCAGUUUCUCAGCAAACAUGGCUGUUUAUUCAACGGACAAAGCUUUGGGUCACCAGUGUGAAAUGUUCAUCAUCGACACGAGAAAUGUUGACUCAAUGUUGGCCGAAGGAUCUGCAAUAAUCAGAAUCCCGAUUAAUGGACCAAGAAUUUCAUCAAUUCUCUGGGGUGCUCUUGAUGAGACUAUCAUUACUGGUCACGAAGAUGGUGAAAUAAAUAUUUGGGAUGUUUCUACUGGAAAGAAGCUCAACUCUCAAAAAGGCCACAAGUCUUUGAUCAACGACAUGCAGUUCAACAAAGACGGUACCAUGUUCAUCACAGCGUCCAAGGACCACACUGCUAAAUUGUUUGACAGUGAGUCCUUGAUGCAUUUAAAAACUUACCAAACGGAGAGACCGGUAAACUCUGCGACAAUUUCCCCAAUUUACGACCACGUAAUUCUCGGGGGUGGUCAAGAUGCGAUGGAUGUAACAACGACUUCGGCGCGUCAAGGAAAGUUCGAUGCUCGGUUUUACCACCUGGUCUUUGAAGAAGAGUUUGCGAGAUUGAAGGGUCACUUCGGGCCUAUUAAUUCACUUGCUUUCCAUCCAGACGGCCGCAGCUUUUGCAGUGGAGGAGAAGACGGUUUUAUUCGGAUAAAUCCUUUUGAUAAAUCGUACUUUGAUUUUAAUUUUGAAUACUAAUUUUUCGUUUAAUAAAAAAAAAUUGAAAUAACUCCGUAAUUAAAAUUUAUAUACACCUUUUAUAUACAAUAAAUUCUAAAACAGUAA